CUGACGGGUGGCGGGAGGCGGGAUCAUGGCGCCAAACCCGACGACCUGCACAGGAACAAGAUAAACAUGGGCCUCAGGAGCCGACCACGGAGAUCUGACGGCGCGCGUUAAAAGGGGCAGUACGCGAUUUGAAUCCGAUACACUUUUUUUUGUCAAAUUCAGGUUGUGUUAAGCAUCAAGGGCGAAAAACAUUGAGCCGCCUCCUCCUCCUCCUCCUCCUCCUCCUCCUCCUCCUCUUCCUCCUCCUCCUCGCCUGGCAGCCCAUCUUUCCCCAGAGGAAAAAAAGAGGCAGUCGGCAGUCGGCUGCAGCGGAGGAAAGGUUGUUUCGCAGAGAUAAACAAAAUAAAUUUCAGAAAUCUCAUCCUCGGGCGCCGCUUUGCAACGACGACAUCGUUGCUUCUCGGAGAGGUUUUUUUUGGGGUGUUUUUUUGUGGGCGGGUGUGGAGAGGAGAAGAUAUUUGAGCGGAGGUCAGAGGGCGAUUAGUCCGCAGCCAUGUCGCCUUUCCUGCGGAUCGGCUUCUCCAACUUCGAGAUGGACCCCGGACUGGCCUACCACGAGGAGGUGCUGAGCCCGUACUGUGCCGUCUACAUGAAGGAGGCCGUCGACACAGAGAAGGGCCAGGUGUACAAGCAGAAGAAGCCGACCAUGUACCCGCCGUGGAGCACCACGUUCGACGCCCACAUCCACCGCGGCCGCAUCAUGCACGUGAUGGUGAAGGACCGCACGGCCGAGCUCAAGUCGGAGGCCACGGUGGCCCUGGACGUGCUGGCGACGCGCUGCAAGAAAGACAACGGCAAGCUGGAGAUCUGGCUGGAGCUGAAGCCUCAGGGUCGCCUGCUGAUGGAGGCCAGAUAUUAUCUGGAGAAAAGUGACGCCGCGGGUCAGGCCGACGGGGGCCGCGAGUCCGAGCGGGAGCGGGACGGCCUGUUCGCCCUGCACCACCGACGCGGCGCCAUCAAGCAGGCCAAAGUGCACGUGGUCAAGUGUCACGAGUUCAGCGCCACGUUCUUCCCUCAGCCGACCUUCUGCUCCGUCUGCAAGGAGUUCGUUUGGGGUCUGAACAAGCAGGGCUACCAGUGCAGAGAGUGCAACGCAGCCAUCCACAAGAAGUGCAUCGACAAAGUCAUCGCCAAAUGCACCGGUUCGGCCGUGAACAGCAAAGAAACUAUGAUCCACAAGGAGCGCUUCAAGAUCGACAUGCCGCACCGGUUCAGAGUCCACAACUACAAGAGUCCCACCUUCUGCGAACACUGCGGGACUCUGCUGUGGGGGCUCGCCAAGCAGGGGCUCAAAUGUGAGGAAUGCUGCAUGAACGUUCAUCACAAGUGUCAGGGCAAAGUGGCCAACCUGUGCGGCGUCAACCAGAAGCUGAUGGCCGAAGCUCUGGCCAACAUCGAGAGCAAACAGCAGGCCAGAAGCACCAAAGACCCGGACAUCAUCGGUCGAGAAGGUCCAGUGGGCGUCGGCCAGCCGGGAUUGGUCCGAGCUCCGUCGGGGUUGGUAACGGCAGCCACACCUGUGAACAAAGAUGUGCAGGGCGUGUCGUGGGAGGGACCGCCGGACGGCAGCAGGCCCGCCAGCGAGGCGUCCACGGAGGAGGAGCCUCUGUACGCCAUCCCCAGGAAGGACCACGGCGCCAAGUUCACCGUCGACGACUUUGUCCUGCACAAGAUGCUCGGGAAGGGCAGCUUCGGAAAGGUGUUUUUGGCCGAGCUGAAGAAGAGCGGGCAGUUCUUCGCGGUCAAGGCCCUGAAGAAGGACGUGGUGCUGAUGGACGACGACGUCGAGUGCACGAUGGUGGAGAGGAGGGUGCUGUCUCUGGCCUGGGAGAACCCCUUCCUCACGCACCUCUACUGCACCUUCCAGACCAAGGAGAACCUGUUCUUCGUGAUGGAGUAUCUGAACGGAGGCGAUCUGAUGUUCCACAUCCAGAGCUGCCACAAGUUCGACUUGCACAGAGCCACCUUCUACGCAGCCGAGAUCAUCUGCGGGCUCCAGUUCCUUCACUCUAAAGGAAUCAUUUACAGAGACCUGAAGCUGGACAACGUGCUGCUGGACUCCGACGGCCACAUCAAGAUCGCAGACUUCGGCAUGUGCAAGGAGAACAUGAGGGACGAGUCGCGCACCGCGACCUUCUGCGGGACGCCGGACUACAUCGCCCCUGAGAUCCUGCUGGGUCAGAAGUACAACAGCUCGGUGGACUGGUGGUCGUUCGGCGUGCUGCUCUACGAGAUGCUGAUCGGUCAGUCUCCGUUCCACGGCCGUGACGAGGAGGAGCUGUUCCAGUCCAUACGCACCGACAAUCCCGUCUAUCCCCACUGCCUCGCCAAGGACUCCAAGGACAUUCUGGUCAAGCUGUUCGUCAGGGAGCCGGAGGAGCGGCUGGGAGUCAAAGGAAACAUCCGGCAGCACAGUUUCUUCCGCGGCACAGACUGGAACGCCCUGGAGCAGCGGCACGUGGCGCCGCCCUUCAGGCCAACCUUGACGUCGCCCAGCGACUGCAGCAACUUUGACAAGGAGUUCAUCAACGAGAAGCCGCGGCUGUCGUGCGCCGACCGGACGCUCAUCAACAGCGUUGACCAGACGAUGUUCAGGAACUUCUCCUUCGUGAACCCGGGGAUGGCUCGAGCCGCGGCGCACUGACCCCCCCACCAACCCCUGACCGCCUGACCUCCGACCCCCUGACCUACAACCUACUACCUACCAACAAGCCGCUCAGUCACAACCAGCACUUCAACUGUUACUGAAACAAACCGCAGAGACGCCGAAUGUCACAGAACACAACUGUAUGAUGAUGAUGAUGAUGAUGAUGACCACUAAGAGGGUGUCCAUGGUGUGAGGCACAUUAAUGUACAAACACUGUACAAACACAAUGUCACGGGAUGUUUACUGAAUGUCUCUCCAUGAAAAUAUUUGAGCAACAACCAAAGAAAUAAAGAAUUCUGUAUUGAGACAGGCGAAGAAGAAAAACUGAGAGCUCCUUACAUUAAAAAUUAACAUUUUACCUUUAGCAAAUCAUAUCUCAUGUAUAAUUUGUCAAAUCUGAGUUGGCAUAACUCAUAAAUCUGCCAAUUCCAAAUUCCUUUCAGAUUAAAAGCUUGUAAUCAACUUCCUUUAGAAUUCCCCUUUAAAUGUAUCUAAUAUGAACUUGUAAUGAACUUAUUGUGGCUCAUAAUAAAUGAUGAAGUUCACGUAAAGCAAAACUUCAUAAAUUUGUCUUGUAAAGAAUUUAACCUAUUGUCCGGUUAUCGUUUUAUUUUUCCACCUAUUCCGUCCUUCACCUCCAGAUGUUAAAAACCACAUUGUGUGUAAAAAUAACUAUGAUGUUAUCGUGUAGAUAAACUGUAUCUGUUAUUGUGUCGCACAGAAGAAUUACAGUUGUUAUUGUUUUUUUGUUUAUGUAUGUUUUCUUAUGGAACCUCAGGCGUUUUAAUGAGGCUGUUCGGAUCCCAGCGUACAACCGUUUUUAUCAUUCUGAUAAUUGUACAAUAAAAUAUGUGUUGAUUUUU